AUGCCUCUCAAAAUACUUUGUCUCCAUGGCUGGGGCACCAAUACCAAGGUUAGCCAAAUCUACUGCAUGGCCGAGGCUUGUGGCACUCACCUAUAUGGUCUAAUGACCGAUCUUCGUCGCGAUAAUACGGUGACGUUCCACUUUCUUGAGGGCGAUGUGGAUUCGAUUCCAGGCCCGGGGAUCUCGGGCUUCUACGACGGUCCUUACUACAGUUAUUAUAAGUUUCCCCGGUCCAUUUCCGACAAUGACACCGAGGGAGAGUCUUUACUGAGUGCGUACGACCGUCUUUAUGACGCUGUAGAAGAGGAAGGUCCUUUCGAUGGGGUCCUUGGCUUCUCCCAUGGAGGCACUUUGGCAGCUGGAUUCUUGAUCCACCGUGCAAAGUCGUACCCGCAGGAACUACCUUUGUUUCGCUGUGCUAUCUUCAUUAACUCCCUCCCACCAUUCCGGAUGGAUCCAGGUGGGGAUCCAGUGAUCGAUCCAGAUCUGGAGGGGUACAUCAACGUCCCAACAGUGACUAUUGGCGGGGCUGAAGAUCCACUGCUUGAGUACUCGCUUGCAUUGUAUCAGCUGUGCAAUCCAUCCAUGUCGACCUGGGUGGUGCACAGCAAAGGUCACGAUAUCCCAGUAGAUACAAAGAACGUUUCCUCCAUCGCUGCAGCAAUCAGGAAAUUGGCAAUUCAAGCGCUGGCAAUUUGGUGA